UAGAAGGCGGGGCGACGCGCACGGCUUCCUGGGAGAUGUAGUCUUCUGUACGCGCGCCGUUGGCGCCCCACUGGAGGCUCGCGCAGGAACCGUGAGCGGCCUAAGGUGAACUGACUCAUAUGAUUGGCUGUCCCGAAAAAUGAAAAGUCUUUGUGGUCCAGGGCUGAGACCCACGAGGAGACGGGGCGGGAUUUCUGGUGGUAAGAGGCGGAGCCUCUCGGCUUUGGGCGCGAGUGGUUAAAAGACAGUUGGUGUCGGUUCGGCUGCUCGGGUCGGAUUCCGCGGUCCCAGCUCUUCCCCAUGGCAGACGCUGAGGAAUUGCAGGUUUCUUCGCCGCCGCCGCCUCCCUCUUCUCCCUCCUCUUCAGACGCCUCUGCAGCAUCUUCCCCGGGCGGCCCAGUGAGUUUGGGCCGGCCAGUUCCGAGCAGGAGCAGCGGCCGAGCGGUGGACCCGCUGGAGGAAGUGGAGCUGCAGAUCGGAGAUGCAGCCUUUUCAUUAACCAAACUUCUUGAAGCCACAUCUGCAGUAUCAGCUCAAGUGGAAGAACUUGCCUUCAAAUGUACUGAAAAUGCACGAUUCCUUAAAACAUGGCGAGACCUCUUGAAAGAAGGCUAUGAUUCUUUGAAACCUGAUGACUAAUUUGGCAUACUUCGUUGUUUAAUAAUGACUGCAAUCAUUCAGACUUCUUAUGUCAUAUUUGUACAUGUACCACACGUAUAGAAUGACCUCUGUCCAGGAGUUCUGUAUAUACUCAGAAUGAAAUUUUUCUUGGUUUUCUUGGCUUUUGUGAAAGCAGAAUACCGAUGCUAUUUUUGUUGUGGACCAGUACUUGUUUGUCCUUAAAUACUUUAUGCCUCUGAACUUUCAUAGAGUCCUUUAUGAAAGUUAACUUCAUCAAUAGAUGGUUAAUAUUAAUAGAGCCACAGUGCUACCAUUAGCAAACUAGGUAGACCAUUAUUUGUUUUGCAACAAAAUGCUAAGCAUGGCAGAGUUUGAAAUUGCGUUUCGGCCGGGCGCGGUGGCUCAAGCCUGUAAUCCCAGCACUUUGGGAGGCCGAGACGGGCGGAUCACGAGGUCAGGAGAUCGAGACCAUCCUGGCUAACACGGUGAAACCCCGUCU